GCCGAUGUGCUUGUACGGCAGACGGAGAAGAUAAGGAACUGCCCAAGCGACUAGCCGAGGCACUGUUUGGUCGCAGUCAAAAUGGCUUCCAUCACUCAACGCACUAUUAGCCAGGCAGGCCUUGCCACCAAGGCCAGCCGUAAGGAGGUUGUCGCUGUCCGCGCAGUGGCCCAGCCUCGUAAGGUGAUUCAGUUAGGUUCUUGCGCUGGUAAGAGACCGCAGCUAACUCAGCUGUUUGACUACACGAAGGCCUCGUCUGUUGGCUUCACCGCUGCUUCGUCAACGGUUCCUGAGGAGCGGCGCUCGGUGGUGGCCCAGGCCGUCGCUGUGGAGGCCCCUCCUAAGCCGGUGAUCAAGGCGAGCCAGUAUGAGAUUUUUACGCUCACUACCUGGCUCCUCAAGGAGGAGAUGAAGGGCACGAUUGAUGGCGAGCUUGCUACGGUGAUCUCGUCGGUCGCGCUUGCAUGCAAGCAGAUCUCGUCCCUGGUUAACCGCGCCGGUAUCUCCAACCUGACUGGAGUAGCAGGCAACCAGAAUGUACAGGGCGAGGACCAGAAGAAGCUGGAUGUGGUCUCCAACGAGGUCUUCAAGAACUGCCUGGCCUCCUCGGGCCGCACGGGUGUGAUCGCCUCAGAGGAGGAGGACCAGCCGGUGGCCGUGGAGGAGACCUACUCGGGCAACUAUAUCGUGGUGUUCGACCCGCUGGACGGCUCCUCCAACAUCGACGCGGGCAUCAGCGUGGGCAGCAUCUUCGGCAUCUACGAGCCCAGCGAGGAGUGCUCGCUGGACGCAAUGGACGACCCGCAGAAGAUGAUGGAGCAAUGCGUUGUGAACGUGUGCCAGCCCGGCUCGCGCCUCAAGUGCGCCGGCUACUGCCUGUACUCCUCCUCCACCGUGCUGGUGAUCACCAUCGGCAACGGCGUGUUCGGGUUCACCAUGGACCCGCUGAUCGGCGAGUUCGUGCUCACACACCCCAACGUGCGCAUCCCGGAGGCUGGCAAGAUCUACUCCUUCAACGAGGGUAACUACGCGCUGUGGGACGAGGGCGUGCGCGCCUACAUGGACUCGCUGAAGGACCCCGCCAAGUGGGGCGGCAAGCCCUACUCGGCCCGCUACAUCGGUUCCCUGGUGGGUGACUUCCACCGCACGCUGCUGUACGGCGGCAUCUACGGCUACCCGGGUGACGCCAAGAACAAGAACGGCAAGCUGCGCCUGCUGUACGAGUGCGCGCCCAUGUCCUUCAUCGCCGAGCAGGCGGGCGGCGCGGGCAGCACGGGCACCGCGCGGGUGCUGGAUGUGAACCCGGAGAAGGUGCACCAGCGGGUGCCGCUGUUCAUCGGCAGCAAGAAAGAGGUGGAGUACCUGGAGAGCUUCACCAAGAAGGGGGGCAAGUAAGGAGAGGGAGGAGGAGGAGGAGGAGGAGGGCAGGAGGAGGCGGUGGAGGUGACAAGGAGAGGUAAAAUAUAUAAUGAGACAGGAGAGGGGGGGGAAAAGGUACCGAGACGGAAGCAGGAGAAAGGAGGAGUGGAUGCAUGCUAAUGGUGCAUAAAGGUGAGAGUGUGUGAUUGCGGAGAGGAUAAGAGAAGAGAUGGAGAGGCUUGGUGUAGAGAUGUUAGGGUGGUAGGAAGGCAGGGAGGGUGAAAGCCGUGAAGGCUGUUUGAUUUUGUCGUCGGCUGCGCGCAUGUGUGUGUGGGCCACAAGAAAGCGUUAUGUACGGCAGGUGGGCUGCCUAGAUCCAACCGUAAUCUCUAUUGCUGCUGUUUUGGAAGGCGGCAUCAAUUUUGCGUCCCAAACAAAAUAAUAUAUUUGUAUGGGUUGUGUACAACUGACAAGAUGCCAGCACACGUGUUAAAUAGCAAACCCGAGUGUUGUGACCUGAGAAGAACAAGAGACCAUUCGA